UCAACAGCUGAGUGAAACGGCAGCAGAGCUACACAACGCGCUUUAGGAGCAACGCUGCUGUAUCUCGACUUGUUCCGGGGACAGAAUAACACUGACAUCGUUGGAGUGUUCAACGAAUAUUAACCCGGUUAUUAAGAUGGGAAAUGCCCUAUAAGCACACCCAACAUCAUCCGUCUGCUGCCAUGACAACCAGCUGCUGCAAUCAGUUACCUGAAGUGUUGAUGGAUUGCUCGGACACAACACUUUUGAGGAGCUCUGAUGGACAGGACUCUGCUCCAAUCGGGAGUCUGGAUUGCUCUGAUCCCGCCCUACCAGGAAAAGCAAUGGACCCUGACACCAGUCCAGCGAAUGAGGAGCCGCAGUACUGCAAGCAAAAGGAUGGACCGUUUUUGAACAAUGUAGCAUUUGCCAAACAGAGUCCUCUAGUGGAGCGACCCAUGUGCAGGAUCUGUCACGACGGCGGCGGGCAGGAGGAGCUGCUGUCCCCAUGUGAGUGUGCUGGGACUCUGGGCACCAUCCAUCGCAGCUGCCUGGAGCACUGGCUGUCAGCCUCUAGCACCAGCUUCUGCGAGCUCUGCCACUUCCAGUUCAGCGUUCAGCGCAAAGCACGGCCUCUGCUGGAGUGGUUGCGUAACCCUGGGCUGCGUCAGGAGAAGCGUACGCUGUUUGGAGACAUGGUGUGUUUCCUGCUCAUUACGCCACUAGCCACCAUCUCAGGCUGGCUGUGUCUGCGAGGGGCUGUGGACCACCUUCACUUCUCUAGCAGACUGGAGGCUGUGGGCCUGAUCGCUCUCACUGUAGCACUCUUCACCAUUUACCUCUUCUGGACCCUGGUGUCCCUCAGGUAUCACUGCCGUCUGUAUAAUGAAUGGCGUCAGACCAAUCAGCGUGUGGUGCUCCUGCUGCCCAAAUCACAUGGAGAAUCACUGGGCAACCCAUCGCUGCCUGGACUGGCACGUGCCAAACGACCGUCCAAAGAAACCAUAGUGUGACUGGACAUUGAACUGAACAUUGAAUUGAAUUGAAGAGAGGAAUGUUCCAGGCCUGAGGACUAUAGACGCAAGAGUUGGGACUUAGCGGUUGACCUGAAUGGAUUUCCUGAGACACGCUGGUGACGCUGACCCUCCUGUUUAACUCUGAAAAGACUACUGAUGAAUUGUGACGCUGUGGAUUGUUGUUUCAGAGCUUUGAGGAAAGCCAGCUGUUGGCUGUGAUCUUUCCUUUGAUAGUGUUAGCGUGUUGCUAACAUUAUUUGUGAGCUCUUCGGGACAUCUCAGUUACUGCGUGCAACGAGGAUCAAUAACCGUUUACUACCCAAGCAUUUAGACUGAAUAGUUUUCUUCUGGAUGUUGAUGUUUGUUCUUCAUCAGCAUGGGGUCAUUUUUGUUUUCAGCUGGACUCUCUUUGAAUAACGAAGUGAUGUGUGCCAAUAUAUUCAGUCCAGAGAGAAUAUCUUGCCAAACAUACAUGCUAAGAGGCCUAGUUCAGAAUUCACUAGCUAUCUUUUAUACACUGUAUGUCCAAAAGUUCUAAUUAGUGAAUCAAGUGCACCUACUACAAACACAGGCGCUCGAUUGGGCUCACAUAGCUUCUCCAUAGAAAAGCAUUGUACUCUGGAGCAGCAGGAGCCUAAGGUCACCAUGCUCAUUGCCAAGCAUCAGCUAAAGGUACAUAAAUCCCUCCAGUACUGGGCUGGGGAGCAGUGGUACUGUGUGCUGGAGUGAUGGAGCUCAGUCCAGUAGCUUUGGAAUGAGUUGGAGUGGGUUCUUCAGGGGUUCUUUAGUAAAGAAAAUGGUUUGCA